GACCCUGCUCUGAAUAUAAACUCUUAUUUUGAAAAACCAAACGGUCAUCCGGAGUCGCUUUGCUGGUCUGCUGUCUGGACCGCGCGCGCAGACAUGGCUGCUGUAGCUAAAGCGAUGUCCAAAUUCCGUCUGGCGGUGGUCCAGCUGCACGUGACGAGCGUCAAGGCGGACAACCUGAGCCGAGCGCGGGGACUCGUGAAGGAGGCGGCGGGACGAGGCAGCCAGCUGGUGCUGCUUCCGGAAUGCUUCAACUCUCCGUACGGGACCGGCUUCUUCUCUCAGUACGCCGAGCGGAUCCCAGGGGAGUCCACCCAGCUGCUGUCGGAGACGGCGAAGGAGAACCAGGUGUACCUGGUGGGAGGCUCGAUCCCGGAGGAGGACGGGGGGAAGCUGUAUAACAGCUGCACUGUGUUCGGACCCGACGGGGAGCUCAUCCUCAAGCACAGGAAGAUCCACCUCUUUGACAUCGACGUUCCGGGGAAGAUCCGCUUCCAGGAGUCUGAGACGCUGACGCCGGGGGACCGUCUGUCCACCUUCCAGACCCCUUUCUGCAAAGUGGGCGUGGGCAUCUGCUACGACAUGCGGUUCGCCGAGCUGGCCCAGCUGUACAGCAGGAGCGGCUGUCAGCUGCUGGUUUACCCCGGAGCCUUCAACAUGACGACGGGGCCGGCUCACUGGGAGCUGCUCCAGAGGGCCCGGGCGCUGGAUAACCAGCUGUACGUGGCCACGGCGUCUCCCGCCAGAGACGAGGCGUCUUCAUACGUGGCCUGGGGCCACAGCAGCGUCGUUAACCCCUGGGGGGAAGUGAUCUCAAAGGCCGGACCGGAGGAGGCCGUCAUCUACGCCGACGUGGACCUGCAGUACCUGGCCGACAUCCGGCAGCAGAUCCCCGUGACGGCUCAGCGGCGUGACGACCUCUACGCCGUGACGUCCCUGCCGGGAGCGGCCAGCUGAUCACGUGACGUUCUUUACUUCCUCUUUAGCUGUUUGCAUCGUUUGCCAAGUAAAAGCUGCAGAUCCACCGUCAACUAUUUCAAUAAUCUAUUAUAUCCGGCUGAAUAAUCAACAUUCUGUGAUUUCAGCCUUUGAAUGUGAAUUUUUCUUGUUUCUUUUUCUCCACUGGCCCAGAACUGAAUAUCAUUGAGUUUUGGAUUAAAGACGUUUGAGGGUUUCAUCUCGUCAAACACUGCUGGACGUGUUAAAGUUGAUUAGUCAUAAAAUAAUCAGAUCAGAUGAAUCGAUGAGGAGUUGCUACAUCAGAUAUUUUAAUCCAGUUGAUAUUGUUUAUAAAUCGAAACAUUUGUGGUUCCAUGAUGAAAAACAGUGGCAGAAAUAUUUGUCUUUUUUCAAAAAUAAGAUUUAUUGAUUCAAAUGUAAAUUGUGGUAUUUUCAGUCAUGAUGUAAAUAAAUCAUCGACGGCC